UCACGUGAACGCGCGUCAGCGUCUUGCACCUUCCUCGCGUCAUCUUGGACAAAUCUCCAAAGCCAGGACACAAGGCUUCACUCCACUCUGUGCAAUACGAUAAGGAUCCCUAUCGACGCCCAUGUCGUGCUGCAGGUCAAGGCGCAAGGCUCAUGGCCGGUGGCCCGAAUCAUGGAGGCUUUUUUGAGAGGCACCAAGCGCAAGAAGAGCCCUGAAGCGGCUGGGGCCAGCUCAGAUGUCGAAGCGGAAGAGCCCACCGAAGUGAAGAUUGCCAUCUUGGCAUCGCUCUACCCGGCCCUCGAACAAGAAGUCUUGCUCGACGUUCUCAUAGCACAUCAAGGAUCUGUCGACGAGGCGUCGGCGGCGCUCAGAGCACCCCCAACUCCUCGCAAGAGCAGCGGCACAAUUGGAUACCAGCGGUCCUUGAGGCAGUUUGCCAGUUCCACAGCGCCCGGUGCUCCGGUCCAUAAAAAGUCAAAGUCGAAGAAAGGAGUGACGCUGCAUCUGUAUGACCCGGAGAAUGUGGCGGAGCACACGCCCUGCACCAUCAUCCAUAACUUCCUGCCACCUGAGCUUGCGAAUGAGCUGCUGCGGGAACUCCUACAGGAAGCUGAAACGUUUGAGAAGAGCACGUUCAAGCUCUUUGACAAUGUGGUCUCCAGUCCGCACACGUCGAGCUUCUUUGUGGAAAGCUAUGACGAGAUCCAGCGACAGAAGACAGACUAUCACUACAACGGGGCGCGGCUGACGGACGUCCGCAGGAUCACGCCUCAGCUUGUCGCGGUGAAGCCUCUAGUACAGGCAGCCGUUAACCGGGAGAUCACCAACCGCAUCGCGACCCGUUAUCCUGGAGGUCGGAAGCUCCAGUUUCAAUCUCCAGAGACCUGGGUCCCCAAUUCUGCCUUUGUCAACUGCUACAACGGGCCACAGGAAAGCGUGGGGUGGCACUGUGAUCAACUCACAUACCUCGGCCCAAGAGCUGUCAUAGGGUCCGUGUCGCUCGGCGUCGCCCGCGAAUUCCGUGUACGACGAGUGUUGCCAAAGGACGAUGGCGACAAAGGACCAGACAACGGAGACGCCGAGGGCCAGGUCUCCAUCCACCUGCCACACAACUCUUUGCUCGUGAUGCACGCAGAAAUGCAGGAGGAGUGGAAGCACAGCGUCUCUCCCGCGUUGUCGAUUGAUCCUCACCCCGUCUCGGGCAACAAGAGGAUCAACAUCACCUACAGGGAUUAUCGCGCCAACAUGCACCCCCGAUUCACACCCCGAUGCACGUGCGACGUACCCUGCGUUCUCCGGGUUGUCCAGCGCAAGAAGGAGAACUUUGGGAAAUAUUUCUGGAUGUGUCACGCGAGUAACAUUCCGGAGAAGAAGGGGUGCGCGUUCUUCCAGUGGGCGGAAUUCGACGACGACGGGAACCCCAUAUUCAAAACUGCGCAUCCAAAGUCAGACAAUAAAAGAUAGACUAAGUGGUCUCAUGAUCAAUACUGAAUUCGUGCUGAAGCUGUGAAAUAAUGUGUGCCAUCUCGAAUCCGCGUGCUCACGUGGCCUUGGCGGGAAUAUGUUCAUUAUCAAAUCCCCGGACCAGUGGAGUCGGUCAGCUUCAACGAUGACACCUCCACCAACAAAGCUCGAACGAAACUGCACAUAACUCACACAUCGUU